UCUUCCUUUACAUACAACUCUUCUCUCCUCCUUCAUUUUCACUUUUCAAUCUGUGCAAUUGUUUCUCAGUCUAGUCCUUAUCUCUCAAACACUCCUUCUCCAUUAUUCACACACGCAAUAUAGUUAGAAAUUAAACCUCAUUUCUCCAAAAAAGUAGAAUAUAAUGUCGUCGACACAUCCCCAUCCCCGCCUGCUUCGGCCUCUUAUGCCUCGCCCAUUCAACCACACUUUCUGCUCCCUUCACAACCCUAAACUCAUCAACUCAUCCUCAUCACCAUGGAGUGAUUAUAAUAGAGGGGCGGCGGUGGUGAGCUCGAGAUGGAAUCCGACGCCGGAGCAAGUGCAGGCGCUUGAAGAGAUGUAUCGGCGUGGAACACGAACGCCAUCUGCUGAACAAAUCCAGCAGAUUGCUGCCAAGCUCCGAAGGUUUGGAAAAAUCGAAGGCAAAAAUGUGUUUUAUUGGUUUCAAAAUCACAAAGCUAGAGACAGACAGAAGAAACGUCGACAGCUAGAGCUCUUGGCUGCCAAAGACAAUCACACUAAACAAUCAGAAUUAAGCAGGAAAUACUCGGAAAUGGAGCAUCCUAAGAAAGUGGGUAGAAUGUCAAAUUGCAGCACAGCUUCAAAGUACUACGGAGGAGAGGUGGAAGAAUGUAAAAGAGAGAGUUGGGCAGAAUUGAAAUUGCAGCAACAGAGUGAAACAGCAAAUAGCAGAGACAGAGUAGCAUUGGACUUGUCAUCUUCAAGCAUCUCUCCCAACACAAAAAUUAUCCAUCAGAAAAUUCCAAGCCAAGAAGAAAAUGGCUACCCACUCAACAUCUGCAACCUGGAUGAUUUCGAAGAAAAUCCAACUCUCGAGCUCUUUCCAGUGAGUGCCAAUGGUUUGAGUUCCACUAAGAAAGAGAUGGACCAUGUUUAUGUUUCAACUAAAUUAGUUCCUAAUCAGUUUUUUGAGUUUCUUCCGACAAAAAACUGAGGCAGUGAGAAAACAUGUUUAUGUGUAACUUUGGUUUUUGCAGUAAUAUUUCAAGUUGAAAACUCA